AUGGGCGUCGUGCGGCUAGACUCCUCGGAGCCGGCUCCUCCGCCGCUGAAGGAGGUGGCGCCGCUCCACGAAAGGGGCGUGGUGGGGCUGCCUCGAUGGCUGCGAGCCGUCUUGAACUUGCAACUCAAAGAGUAUCUUCCAAAUUCCGACUACUUGAUGCUUUUCCGUAGUAAGCGCGCAAACGAGUUUCAAAUUUCGGCUAUGUGUUUGUUGCCACCUGUCCAGGACAAGCAUUCUAGGCAUGGCCUUCAUGUGAUGAUUGAGAAAAGGAAGGAGCUGAUUAAGUACUUACGUAAAGAAACGGAUUGA